AUGUCUUACAAUAGGGGCUACAGCCAUAGAGGUUACAGCGGAAGCAGCGGCACUGGUAGUUAUAGAGAUAAUAGAUAUAGAUCAGGCCGGACUGAUUCGAGUUUUAGGAGACAGGAAGACCACCCAGGUGCGACACUAACUCUAAACAAAAGCUCCCAUUACGACGACAGCAACAACAACAACAACAGACCGCAUCAUUUGGGAUCAAGGUUCCUGGCAGGAUCACGAAAUGGUGGUUCUUCUACUCCAAACGGUUCAAAUUCUGACCGAAAUGGGAAAAGUAGCGGAACUCCUACCAAGGGUAGUCAGACCCCAGUACGAAGAAUAGAAGGAAGUGAUUUGAUAACCGGUGAAAAUCCCAAGGACUCGGAUUUCAACAAACUCUUGCACCACAAAGACUAUACCGACACAAUCCCAUUUUCUAGACCUGUCGAUUCCAAGAAGAACUACAAGGUCAUUUAUGACCCAGAAUUUGACAAGAGUCUAUCCAAGGAUGAAAAGAAGACAAAAACCAAAAAGUUGAGAUUCCAUGGAGAGGGAAUGGACGAUAAAGAAUUGGUUGAUCCUAGAUUGUCCCAUCUACAACUGUACUUUCAAAAACCAAACAAGAAAUCAAAAAAAUUUCCGUUUAAACAGUUACCCCAACCACGUUUCGUCUUUGACAAAGAUUCCCUUGGAUCAGCACCACGUACCCAAUUAGUCGUAUGGGAUCUUCCUGCCACCACCAGUGAGAUAUAUCUUUCCAAUUACUUUAGAAGUUAUGGUGAUCCUAUAGAAGACAUGAAGUUCAUUAACGAUCCAGAAAACGCCGUACCUUUAGGAAUAGCUACAUUCAAGUUCCAAGGCAAUCCAGAAAAAGCCACCCGAUUAGCCCAGAAACUAGUUCAAUCAAUAAAAUCAGAGAUGCCCAAAAUUGACGGUGUUCUUCUCAAGAUUGGCUUGAAUGACAACGAGGACGAACUUUUGAAUAAGAAAAUAGAAUUAGCUCGAGAUAAAUUAAAGGCUAUAAAGUUGAAACGAGAAGAGGAGGAGCGAAGACGCCAGAAAGUGAUCGAAGAGCAGAAGAGACGAGAAGAAGAAUUGAAGAAGAAGGAAUUGGAAGAGCAAAAGAAGAAGAAAGAACAAGAAGCAGCCGCCGCCGCACAAGAAAAGCAAAAAGUACAAGAGUCUGAUAUGAAAUACAAACCAAACACCACAAUUCUUUCAAUCAGAAGACAAAAUAAAGUUGUCUCCGGCGUAUUUCUUCCAAAAGAUCUCAACAAGUACGUCAAGGACCGUGCAUUCAUCUUGAUUCAUGACAAGUAUGUUCCCACAAAGAAGAUCUCAUCCCAGGAUAUUAAGAGGGUUCUUAAUAAAUAUGACUGGACGAGAGUAUUAUCUGAUAGAACUGGAUUCUACGUUGUAUUUAACUCUCUCAAUGAGUGUGAGCGAUGCUUUAUGAAUGAAGACGGGAGAAAGUUCUUCGAGUAUAGAUUGUAUAUGGAGAUGGCCAUUCCAGAGGGGUUUUCAAGCUCUCCAUCAGAAGAAGAAGAAAUUCCAACUUCGAAAAAGAAUGACGUUAUAGAAGAAGCAACUAAUAUUUUAAUUAAGGAAUUGGAAACUUUCUUGGCUAAAGAUAUUCGAGAAAGAAUCAUUGCUCCCCAUAUUUUAGAUUUGCUCGGUCAUGAACAUUAUCCUAAAUUAGUGGAAGAACUCAAAGCACAAGAAGCUGCAUCUAAACCCAAAGUUAUCAACACCAAUGACCAAUUAAAGCAAAAUGCUUUGUCAAUUUUGGAAAAAAAGAGACAAUUACAACAGCAACAAUUAUUGCCAUCGUUUAGAAAACUUCAACAACAGAAUGAGUUAAAGAGACGUAAUGCGAGAAAGACCCUUGUUCCUAUGCAACAUGCCCUUAAUUUUGAUUCAGACGAUGAGGAUGAAGACGAAGAGGAAACAAGUAGAUCGGCUACUCCAGCAAUACAAUCGUUAAAGAGAGAGCGUAGUUCCACUGUUACCAGCGCUGAUGAGUUUAUUGAACCAGAACACAAGAAGCCAAAGAAGGAUAAUUUAAAGAGGUCAAUGUUGUACGAAUCAUCAUCUGACGAGGAAAUGGAUGAAGAAAUGAAAGAAGAAGAAGACAAGGAGGUAGUCGAUGAAGAAGGCAAGGCUGAAGUUAAAAUUGAGGAAGAAGCCAAACCAGAGGAUACCGAGAUUGAUUAUUCCAAGAUUGCUGCUCAUUUCCAACCAACUGAAGACAGUCCUACCACCGUAUACCCCGAGUCACCGUUAUCUUCUAUCUUUGAUUUGGAGGCAUUACAAAGCACAUUGAAAGAUGUGGAAGAUUUAGAAUUGGCCCAACAGGUAUUGGCAGAAGAAGGAAUAUCACCUUCUCAUUUGAAAAACAUUGCAUAUUGGGCAUGGAAACAAAAGGAUAUCAAAUUAUCAUCUGAUGAAAUCGCUGAAGAAGUGGAAAAUAUCGAAGUUUUGCCAACACAUUUGGAAUCUGAGUCAGGAGCAUUUAGAAGCGACGGGUACAAGAAAAUCAAUGAUGCUGACAAGAUUCAUUACUUACCUCAUAGAAGAAAGGUGCAUAAACCGCUCAAAACAAUUCAAUAUGAAGACGACGAUGAAGAAAGACCAAACGAUGCCGCUAGUGCUGUGCAAAGUUCUCGUGUCAACCGAGCCAAUAAUAGACGAUUCGCUGCUGAUAUUACUGCUCAAAUUGGUAAUGAAUCCGAUAUUUUGAGUUUGAACGCAUUGACAAAACGUAAGAAGCCAGUUACGUUUGCUCGGUCAGCCAUUCAUAAUUGGGGUUUGUAUGCAAUGGAACCGAUUGCCGCUAAAGAAAUGAUUAUUGAGUAUGUUGGUGAACGGAUCAGACAGCAAGUAGCGCAACAUAGGGAAGAGCUGUAUUUGAAGACUGGGAUUGGUUCUUCAUACCUUUUCAGAAUUGAUGAAAAUACCGUUAUAGAUGCUACCAAGAAGGGAGGGAUUGCCAGAUUUAUUAAUCAUUGUUGUAGUCCUAGUUGUACGGCCAAGAUUAUCAAGGUUGAAGGUAAGAAGAGAAUUGUUAUUUAUGCUUUACGAGAUAUCGAAGCUAAUGAAGAACUUACUUAUGAUUAUAAGUUUGAAAGGGAAACCAACGACGAGGAGCGUAUUCGAUGUCUUUGUGGGGCACCUGGAUGUAAGGGUUAUUUGAAUUGA